UAAAAACUUUGCAACAAAUUACAUCCAAAACAUUACCGCGAAACAAGGAACAACCUACUCACCUUCAAUUUCACUCUCUCUUUCUCUCUCUUGUCCCUUUUCCAGUUCCAACAUUUUCUCAACUCAUCAAACCACACUCACUGUCCCUUAAUUUCCUCAACCAACACUUCAUUCGUACUACUAAAGAUCUUUCCUUUAUUGUUUUUUAUUACCACCCUUUUAUUGUUCAACGUUAAAGAUCUGAUUUUUUUUUUUUAAAUAGUGGUGUAGAAUUCACCCACCCUUUAACGUUUUUGUUCUAGUUGUGGAAGAAAGUUUGGAUUUUUAUCAAGUUUUUGUUGUGGGGUUGUUGAAAUGGAAGCAAGGGUGAAGAAGUAUAGGCAGCAAUUGAGUCCUGAGAGGUCUAAAGUGUGGAAGGAGAAGCCUCCUAAGUAUUACAAGAACAGGAAGGUUCCUGUUGUUUACUAUCUUUGCAGGAAUAGACAGCUUGAACAUCCUCAUUUCAUGGAGGUUCCUAUUACAUCCCCUGAUGGUUUGUUCUUGAGAGAUGUGAUUGUUAAACUUGAUGCUUUGAGAGGUAGAGGCAUGGCUGAUUUGUAUUCAUGGUCUUGUAAGAGAGGCUACAAGAAUGGAUAUGUGUGGCAUGAUCUUAGUGAAGAUGAUAUAAUUCUACCUGCACAUGGUAAUGAGUAUGUUCUGAAAGGCUCCGAGCUAUUUUGCGAAUCGAAUUCAGACCGGUUUAGCCCCAUUAGCAAUGUGAAACUACCGAGUCUAAAGCGGUUGCCUGAGCCAGUUUCAUGUAGGAGCCACGACGAGGCUUCUUCUUCCUCUUCAAGUAUGAACGAAAGAGAAGGUAGAAACUCUCAAGAAGAGAUUUCUCCAAGACAAGAUCAUACCGGUUCCUCUGAUGCUUCUCCGGAGUCUAGUGACGGGAAGAGUGAUUGUCCAAGUUUACCGUUGACCGAAUAUAAAAUCUACAAAGCCGAUGGAUUAUCCGAUGCUUCAACUCAAACCGAAGAACGCGUCAGCAGACCUCAAAAACAGAAAACGUGUACUAGAGGUGUAUCGACCGAGGAUAGAUCGUUAGAAUCUGAAUGCGAUGAAAUAUGCGAAAUCCAACCGUCACAAGUGAAAGAUGAUUCAGAAAUCCGUACCGAUGUUUUUCCUCCACUCUCAAAUUCGAGCCCGUCGUCUUCUGCAGGGAAGACCGAAACUUUGGAAUCCCUUAUUAGAGCCGAUGCGAGUAGAAUGAACAGCUUUAGGAUUCUAGAAGAGGAAGGUAUGCAAAUGCAAGCCACUACAAGGCUGAAAGCCUCAAAUUUGCUGAUGCAAUUGAUCUCCUGCGGGUCUAUAUCGGUGAAAAACCAUAGUCUCGACCUUAUCCCUUCCUAUAAGGCUAGAUUUCCGCAUUCGAAAUUCGCCUCUCCCUUAUUCUCAAACUCAGUUAUGUUGGGGGAAUUAGACUGCUUGGCAGGGAAUCCGAAGGUGUCAAGCUUUAGAAUGGAAGACAAAGAGUAUUUUAGUGGGAGCUUAACCGAGUCCAAAAUGGCGAAGGAAGAAGAAGAACGGCAUCUUCUCAAACGCACUUCUUCCUUCAAUUCUGAGAGGACAAGUAAAGAGUUGAAAUCACAAGACAUGGAGGAAUCAUCAUGCUCAAGAAAUUCAAAAUGCAAUUCGCGUCCGGUCAAGGCUUCUUCGACGACCAUAAGAUCUCCUAUUUCCGAUGGAUCAAGAAACUCAGCGGAUAGAGCUAAUGCCACAUACGUAUUGCCAGUACCAUCAAAUGGUAGCUGCAAAAGCAUCCCUAGACCUUCCUCAGAGAAAAACCAAUCUACGAAGAUAAACUCAUGUAGAGAAGAGAAGGUGAUCAAAAUCGAAGAAAGGCUUUCGUCGGGAGCUCGGGUUAUAAUCCAAUCUAAACCAUCUUCCAACACAACACCUUAUUAUAGGUCUUAGAGGUUUUGCAACUAGAAAAACUUGCUAGUUUUUUUUGUUUUGCUUUUGGUGUGUGUGUGGUUCACAUGAUAUAUAUAUUCGAAAUCUACAAAUUGAAAAUGUUGUGACAUGUGGGACUAAAGUGCAGGUGUGGUCCUAAUGGGCCACUACUCUUUUGUGUAAAUCUUGUAUGCUUGUUAUAUGAAGUGUAAUUUGAAAUGAAGUGAUGGCACAAUUCUUUUAUGUA